AUGGCUCGCGCACGACACACAGCUCAAGAAAUAUGUCGCUCUAAAAGUAGCCAGCAUCUCGGCCAGAAUCUCAUCCCUACCGUCCGAGACGAAUUUGAAGUUCACGGACUAAGACUUUGUUACCUAAAUCUCCACCUAGCUAAUGUCCUACUCAAGUUCUCAACAAAUAUUGACGUCCUCUCGAUUGACCAACUUUACGAAAUGUACGGCAAACCUGAAACACUACCCAUCAUACGAAGCAAUGGAGAGCCGGUACCCGAUACUAUGCCCGCCCAUGCGGUCCAAUCUUUCUUCCUGGGAAAGUCCAUGGAUGAUCUCGCCUUGCCGGUCCACAGGCAUGCCGUGCUCCAGAAGCCAACGCUCUGGGAUAUCAUCGGCAUGAAAACUAUGUUCAGCUCCGAGUGGGCGACUGAAGACGAAGUUGCAUCACAGCAGGUCGAUGUCCUCGGGUCCAUGCCCGCAGAUUGGUAUGCAAGCUGGGAGGGCCGGAGUCAAUUCUGGGACGAGGAGGUAAGUCAACUGACUAUCACAAAAGGAACAAGUGGCGCCCCCUUGGAGGCGAACUAUUCGAGGACUGUGUGCAAAAAUGGAGGCGCAAAAAGGGCUGGGAAGAAGUCGCGGAGGACGAGAAGACUGCCUUCCUUAAGCUAA